AUGGGGCAGCAGCCUGGAAAAGUUCUUGGGGACCAAAGGAGGCCAAGUCUGCCUGCCCUGCACUUCAUCAAGGGAGCAGGGAAGAAGGAGUCAUCGAGGCAUGGAGGCCCACACUGCAAUGUCUUCGUGGAACAUGAAGCCCUUCAGAGACCUGUAGUGUCUGACUUCGAGCCCCAGGGUCUGAGCGAAGCAGCUCGCUGGAACUCCAAGGAGAACCUCCUGUCCUGCCCCAGUGAAAAUGAUCCUCACCUCUUUGUUGCACUCUAUGACUUUGUGGCAAGUGGGGACAACACUCUCAGUAUAACUAAAGGCGAGAAGCUCCGCGUGCUGGGCUACAACCACAACGGGGAGUGGUGCGAAGCCCAGACCAAGAAUGGGCAGGGCUGGGUGCCCAGCAACUACAUCACUCCUGUGAACAGCUUGGAGAAGCACUCCUGGUACCACGGCCCAGUGUCUCGGAACGCUGCUGAGUACCUGCUGAGCAGUGGCAUCAACGGCAGCUUCCUGGUGCGCGAGAGCGAGAGCAGCCCUGGGCAGAGGUCCAUCUCCCUGCGCUACGAGGGCAGGGUCUACCACUACAGGAUCAACACUGCCUCCGAUGGGAAGCUGUACGUCUCCUCGGAGAGCCGCUUCAACACCCUGGCAGAGCUGGUGCACCACCACUCCACGGUGGCAGAUGGGCUGAUCACCACCCUGCACUACCCCGCGCCCAAGCGCAACAAGCCGACCAUCUACGGCGUCUCCCCCAACUACGACAAGUGGGAGAUCGAGCGCACGGACAUCACCAUGAAGCACAAGCUGGGGGGAGGGCAGUAUGGGGAGGUGUACGAAGGAGUCUGGAAGAAGUACAACCUCACCGUGGCUGUCAAGACUCUCAAGGAGGACACCAUGGAGGUGGAAGAGUUCUUGAAGGAAGCUGCAGUAAUGAAGGAGAUCAAGCAUCCCAACUUGGUGCAGUUAUUAGGGGUGUGCACCCGGGAGCCUCCUUUCUACAUCAUCACAGAGUUCAUGACCUAUGGGAACCUGCUGGAUUACCUGCGGGAGUGCAACCGGCAGGAGGUGAACGCCGUGGUGCUGCUCUACAUGGCCACUCAGAUCUCCUCAGCCAUGGAGUACCUGGAGAAGAAAAACUUCAUUCACAGGGACCUUGCUGCCAGGAACUGCCUGGUAGGGGAGAAUCACUUGGUGAAGGUGGCAGACUUUGGCCUGAGCAGGCUGAUGACAGGGGACACCUACACUGCCCAUGCCGGAGCCAAGUUCCCUAUCAAGUGGACAGCACCAGAGAGCUUGGCCUACAACAAGUUCUCCAUCAAAUCUGAUGUCUGGGCCUUCGGUGUUCUGCUGUGGGAAAUUGCAACCUACGGAAUGUCUCCGUACCCUGGGAUUGACCUGUCUCAAGUUUAUGAGCUGCUGGAGAAGGACUAUCGGAUGGAGCGUCCUGAAGGCUGCCCAGAGAAGGUUUAUGAGCUGAUGAGAGCCUGCUGGCAGUGGAGCCCCUCUGACAGACCUUCCUUUGCUGAGAUCCAUCAGGCCUUUGAAACCAUGUUUCAGGAGUCCAGCAUUUCAGAUGAGGUGGAGAAGGAAUUGGGAAAGAAGGGCAUGAGGAGUGUGAUGAGCAAUUUCCUGCAGGCCCCAGAGCUGCCAACCAAAACACGAACAACCAGGAGAGCUGCUGAGAGCAAAGACACCAACGAGGGCUUGGAGGCUGCACAUGCUCGAGGCCAGGGGGAGUGUGACCCCCUGGAUCACGAACCUGCCAUCUCCCCCUUGCUCCCCCGCAAGGAGAGGGCGGCCCUGGAGAGCAGCUUGAACGAGGAUGAGAGGCUGCUUCCAAAAGACAAGAAGCACAACCUCUUCAGUGCCCUCAUCAAGAAGAAGAAGAAGACAGCCCCCACGCCUCCCAAGCGCAGCAGCUCCUUCAGGGAGAUGGAUGGGCACUCGGAGCGCCGGGCAGGCGCCGAGGAGGAGGGCAGGGAGCCAGGCAACGGGGCUGGCACCGCGCCCCCCACUGACCUGGGGGACCUCUCCAAGUUCCAGAGCCCCAGCAACGGGGCUGGGGUGACCAACGGGUUCGUCCCGGGGAGCUCUGGGCUCUUAUCCCCCCACCUCCGGAAGAAGUCCAGCACCAUGAGCAGCAGCCGGGGGGUGGCCGCUGAAGAGGAGCCCGGAUCCAACUCCAGCAAACGCUUCCUGAGGUCCUGCUCGGCCUCCUGCGUGCCCCACGGGGCAAAGGACACAGAGUGGAAGUCUGUCACCCUGCCUCGGGACCUGCAGUCCACGGGGCGCCAGUUUGAUUCCUCCACCUUUGGGGGGCACCGGAGCGAGAAGCCGGCGCUGCCCCGCAAGCGGGCGAGCGAGGCCAAGGCCGACUUGGCUGCCAGGGGCACAGUCACCCCUCCGCCACGACUGCUCAAGAAGAACGAGGAGCCCUCCGAUGAUGUCUUCAAGGAUGCAGAGUCCAGCCCUGGCUCCAGCCCUCCCACUCUGACACCAAAACUCGGCCGCAGGCAGCCGGCAGCGCCUCCUUCCUCCAGCGUGCUCCACAAGGACGAUGGAGUCAAAUCCAGUGCCUUAGGUACCACUGUGAUGAUGGUGGAGCAAGGCUCUGCUGCCAAGCCCAACACCCCUGGCUUCGUGGGUGCCAGCAAAACUGCUGCUGAGGAGCCCAGGCUGAGGAGGCUGAAGCAGAGCUCGGAGUCGGCAGGGAAGGACAAAGGGAAGCUGUCGAAGCUGAAGCCGGCCCCUCCCCUCCCCCUGUCCUCAUCCUCCAUCAUCAAGCCCGGGAAGGUUUCUCACAGCCCCAGCCACGAAGCAGCAGCAGCAGAUGUGGUGUCUGGGCCCAAAUCCAAACAGUUGACUCAGGUUGGAGAGGCUGCGAGCAGCGAUGCUGUCAAGCCGAACCAGUCAGGGGAAGGUGUGAAAAAGCUGGGGGUGCCCUCUGCACCAAAGCCACAGACCUCUGCCAAGCUGCUGCUCAGCACAGCCACCCCAGCCGCCUCCUCCUCCUCCCUCCCCUCAGCCCCAGGCGGGGAGCAGCCAUCCUCCACACCCUUCAUCCCCCUUAUCUCCACCAGAGUGUCCCUGCGGAAGACUCGGCAGCCCCCGGAGCGCAUCGCCAGCGGCACCAUCACCAAGGGGGUGGUGCUGGAGAGCACCGAGGCCCUGAGGGUCGCCAUCAGCAAGAACUCGGAGCAAAUGGCUAGCCACAGCGCCGUGCUGGAGGCUGGCAAGAACCUCUACACCUUCUGUGUCAGCUACGUGGACUCCAUCCAGCAGAUGAGGAACAAAUUUGCCUUCCGGGAGGCCAUCAACAAGCUGGAGAACAACCUGCGGGAGCUGCAGAUCUGCCCGGCCAGCGCCGGCGGCGGCCCAGCCGCCACCCAGGACUUUAGCAAACUCCUCAGCUCGGUGAAAGAAAUCAGCGACAUCGUUCAGAGGUAG